AUGGUUGUUACGGAGAUCAUGCGAUUUUCCACAACCGCGCCACCUGAGGAAACUAUAACAAGAGCUGUCAAGGAAUUCGAGGGAGUGAAAGCCCUCCCGCACUUCGUCCUUGGCACAGAUAUUCAGGACAUGGGUGCUUUCCAGAUCAUGUCCGAAGGUGAUGGUGCUCAGGACUAUGUAGACUUCGGAAGGUGUUCGCGAAAAGUCUGUGGCGAGCCACACAACGUUUUCCACGUUGUCCUCAGUCGUUCAGCACUUGGGGUAGAUGGGCCUGCUACAGCAAAAGUGGUUGAGUUUGUGCAGACCUAUUUUCCAGUUUCAAGCGUAACAACCGACUUCCAGAAAAAGGUUGAGGAAGACUACCACAAGUUCAAUGAAAUCUUCAGUAGAGAAGUGAAGGGACGAGUGAGUGUGGCAUCUGGUUGGAUACAAGAAGAGCAACAGCAUCAGUACGACAAACUUUUUGGCGACAAAGCCAAGUGCUUUCUUGUUAUCACCGGCUGGGAGAGUAAAGCUUGCUUUGAUCAGUCGGUUGCCACUGAUUCCUUUAAGGAGGCUAUACCAUUAAUGCUCUCAUGGAAUGCACCAUUCCAAAUGUCGUUUGUGGAGAGGAAAGUCCUUGAUGGUGCUAAGGUCGUCUGA